AUGUGUAUGUUUAUAAAGGUUGUCUUUGCGGUCAUAUUACCACCGGUGGCGGUGCUGUUGGACAGGGGCUGUAAUCUGGACUUCGUGUUGAACCUAAUCCUAACGUGCAUUGCAUGGUUUCCCGGCAUAAUUCACGCCCUGUUUGUCAUUUGCCGCAAGAAUGCAGAGCAGCAACACAUCCAUCACAUCCACACCACUCGCGAGAUCAUCGUUACGACUGAGCCUCAGAUGAUGGCCAACGCCUCGCAGGCCGUCGUGUAUACAGCUGUGCCCCCACACCAACCCCCGCCUCCCUAUGACUUUCAUGCCAAGCCAUCGGCGCCCCCUUAUUCGUCGUGA